GUUGCAUUUUCAUUAUGGCACAAAUUAGCGGUCCAGGUAUUAAUAAUAGAUGAUGACACUUGGUAACAGCAGUCAUGAGAGCAUAUUCUGAUUUGUCAUACUGAAUUUGAGAUGGUGUGAGCUGUUUGAAAUGCCUGUAUUCUUGAACAGCCAAUGAAAGAACUUUGGACUAUUUAUAGAACAGAUGGAUUUUAAAGCUUCAAUUCACUCCACAGAGAUUAGACAGAAUUGUCUCUUAGAAGGAACCAACCUUGCCUUUGGCAGCUGGUGUUACUUACUGACCAAAAAAGAGCUUGAAACACUGGUCCCAAAGAAAAUGGCAGAGAAGCAGAUCAGUUUGCCUGCGAAGCUCAUUAAUGGAGGGACUGCUGGAAUCAUUGGAGUUACUUGUGUAUUUCCAAUUGACCUGAUUAAAACCAGGCUACAGAAUCAGAGAACCGGGCAGCAAAUCUACAAAAGCAUGUUGGAUUGUCUAAUUAAAACACUGCAUUCAGAAGGGUAUUUUGGAAUGUACAGAGGUGCCGCUGUAAAUUUGACCCUUGUAACACCCGAGAAGGCAAUCAAACUGGCAGCUAAUGAUUAUUUUAGGCAUCUCUUGGCCAAGGAUGGAAUGACCCUGUCUUUAGCUAAGGAGAUGAUGGCAGGCUGUGGUGCUGGAACCUGCCAAGUUAUCAUCACAACUCCUAUGGAGAUGCUGAAAAUCCAGCUGCAAGACGCAGGGAGAAUAGCAUCGCAGCAGCUUGUGAGCAGAGUUCACUGUUCAGCUCCUGGAUGCAAGCUUGUAGCUGUGAGCCCUGUUCUGACCAGAGCUUACAACGUGGGACCUGCUGUCCUUCCAAGGAGAAUAUCUGCAACACAGAUAGCAGUCGAGCUUCUGCAUGCACAGGGCAUUAAAGGACUCUACAAAGGUCUUGGAGCCACCUUGCUGAGGGAUGUUCCAUUUUCCAUCAUCUACUUUCCACUGUUUGCCCAUCUGAACAAAGCAAAACAGGAUUCCUUGGAGGAAAGGGCCCCUUUCUUUCGUUCUUUUCUGGCUGGUUGCAUGGCUGGCUCAGUGGCAGCUGUAUCAGUCAAUCCUUGUGAUGUAAUAAAAACCCGUCUUCAGUCAAUGGGUAAGGGAAGAAAUGAGGAGAGCUAUAAUGGAAUCAGAGAUUGUGCAAGGAAGAUUUGGAUGAAUGAGGGUCCCUUAGCCUUCUUCAAGGGAGCUGGCUGCAGAGCACUGGUUAUUGCACCUCUCUUUGGUAUAGCCCAGUGUAUUUAUUUUAUCGGUGUUGGAGAAUUUCUCAUUGAUCUGUGCCAGUAUCAAGGCCUUUCCCCCUAGACCUGCCUUCUCAUUCUUUGGACCUACUAGAAUGGCAUCCACAAGGACCACCAGCAAACAACUCACAAGAAAGCAAUGGCAGCUCAGAUUGACUUGCUGAUGUUUCUCCUUUGUGGGAACCUGGAAUCAAAGCCAUGGCCUGGUACACUGUUACCAGAAUUCUAGCGCCUAUGUGCCUAAGUACUAUGGGGUUUCUUGUGACUUUAAAGGUCAGAGUUCUGAUACCGAGGUCAGACAUCUGUAUGUGUCAAGUGGAGGCAUGUCUUCUAACUCUGGGGCUUGAGAGAUUGGAGCCUCUGAGAGUGGAAUGACUUAGGCUUGUUUUAGUGAGCCAGGCCACAGGAGAAUCUAUCAGGAAACUGUUUUGUUUUUUUAUACAUAAUGCAAAAAAAAAUCUUUUAAAUAACAUUUGUGGGGCCAAAUCUAUUUUGGGAGAACUAAACAAGGCAAUUGCACUAUGAAUUGUGUACCUGUUAUUGACCAGCCCCAACUGCAGUCUUUCCAGCCGCAACAACAUGUGAUUCAACAAAAUUACCUUUGUUGUUAUCUCAACAAAAGUAAACUGGGGAACAAGUGUGAGAUUUUUUAAAAAAUAUAUAUAGAUACAUACAUGUGUGUUUAUAAUUUACAACCAAACCUUAAAGUAAUGAAUUUGAUUCCUGUGGCAACUGUUCUCUGUCAAAGUGACUGUAGACAAUGUAAGGGUAGCAGGCACUUAGAUAACCACUCUAGGUUUCUCAUGUAAAGACAUUCAUAAAUGUCUGUCAAGCCACACAUUCACAGGCGUGCUCUCCAGAACCUACUAUGGCUUUACUAGAAACUGAGGAAUAUGCCUGCUUGUUAAUGGUAUGUUUUGCAACCAGACUGCUAAGCAGUUUGUCUGUGUUUUAUGAAGUUGUAUGUUAAGUUUACUGUUCAGAUCACUGGGCUCACCUGAGAGGUUUUCAUCAAGGUGGAAAGGGGAAGGUGUAUCUGUUCUUUACUGAGGAACUAUAAGUUGGUCUCUAGAAAUACCACAUACUCCGUGUAGACAUGCAAGAGUGAUACACUUUACCCUGGCACAAUAAAAAAGAUUCAGACUUGAGUAAUGACAA